UUACGCAGUGACGUGUGGGGCUGACAGGCAGAGGGCAGGGGCAAGAUGGCGGCUGCCGCAGGGGCACUGAGGAGGCUGGUGCGAUGCGGGCCCCAGCAGGGCCUGGGGCGGCGGCUGCGGCUGCAGCUGCGCAGCGGGAUUCACGGCUCCGCGCCGGCGGCCGUCCAGGUGACUGUCCGUGAUGCAUUGAAUCAGGCACUAGAUGAGGAGCUGGAGAGGGAUGAGAGAGUAUUUUUGUUGGGAGAGGAAGUCGCCCAAUAUGAUGGUGCAUACAAGAUUAGCAGAGGUCUCUGGAAGAAAUAUGGAGACAAGAGAAUAAUAGAUACUCCUAUAUCGGAGAUGGGCUUUACCGGAAUUGCUGUAGGUGCUGCUAUGGCUGGGUUGAGGCCGAUUUGUGAGUUCAUGACCUUCAACUUCUCCAUGCAAGCAAUUGAUCAAGUUAUAAAUUCUGCUGGCAAGACACUUUACAUGUCUGCAGGCAUGGUGCCUGUCCCAGUUGUCUUCAGAGGUCCCAACGGUGCCUCAGCUGGAGUAGGAGCACAACAUUCACAGUGCUUUGCUGCUUGGUAUGGGCAUUGUCCUGGACUGAAAGUAGUCAGCCCUUGGAGUUCAGAGGAUGCUAAAGGUCUGCUUAAAGCAUCAGUCCGGGAUGACAAUCCAGUUGUGAUGCUGGAAAAUGAAUUGAUGUAUGGAGUCCCUUUUGAAAUGGCAGAAGAAGCUCAAUCAAAGGACUUUCUUGUUCCUAUUGGAAAAGCCAAAAUAGAAAGGCAAGGAACCCAUGUUACUUUAGUGUCACACUCCAGAUCUGUUGGACACUGUCUGGAAGCAGCUGCUGUACUUGUCAAAGAAGGUGUGGAGUGUGAGGUGAUAAACCUCCGUACUAUUAGACCAAUGGAUGUGGAAAGUAUAGAAGCCAGUGUUGUGAAGACAAACCAUCUUAUAACAGUGGAAGGAGGCUGGCCACAAUUUGGAGUAGGAGCUGAAAUUUGUGCUAGGAUCAUGGAAGGACCUGCCUUUAAUUAUUUGGAUGCUCCAGCUGUGCGUCUCACAGGUGCAGAUGUUCCUAUGCCUUAUGCAAAGAUUUUGGAAGAGAACUGCUUACCUCAAGUGAAAGAUAUCAUAUUUGCAGUGAAGAAAGUGUUAAAUAUCUAGGUUGUAUAUACAGCGUGCCGUUGUAACGUGCGUCUUAAGAGCAUUAAUGGAAUGGACUACAACCAUGUAUUCAUAACAAUGUUAUAUAGCUCUGUUGACCUCUUUGUACUGAGGGAAAGGUUUAGGUGACCUUUUAAAUGUAUUUAUGUAGUUAAUCUGUGUUUAGUGGGUUAUCCUCAACUACUUUCAUCUACCAAGCUAAGCAGUAAAGUACGCUUACAUUUGUGGCUGCCAGACUCAUUUUGUAAAAAGUGUGAGUCUGUAUUGAAAGCCUUAAGGAUUACAGAAUGUGAAAAGAAAAUGUUACCAUAUCAAGGGAUCUAAAGCUUCCUUCUGAUUUACAAAUAGUAAAAAAAAUAAUCUUUGACCCAAAAUGCACCUGAAAAUAGCAAUAAGCACUUAAGUGGUGGUGUCUAGGACUGGACUGCAGCAUUAUAGCAUGCUUGAGGAGAGCAUUUGCUGACUAAGUGAAUGUUAAAGGUUUUAACCAACUGUGUUUACCUAGUGCUGGAGAUCAGUGGUAUUCUAGAGCUGGCACCUCAUCAUCUACAUUGUGGCUGUAAUUAUUGCUGGAAAACUAGCAAGUUCAGUGGGGGAAGGGAGGUAGCUGCUACUGGGAUGUUCUACUCUUGCUAUGAGGCAAGGAGGUUGUCCCUCUAAUUACAAAGUCAAAGAGGUCUAUGCUAGCAUAAAGGGUCACCAAUGCUGUGAUGAGUUUCUUCUUCCUGAAUUGCACAGAAGUGAGGUAAAGUGCAGAGGGCAAUGAGAGAUGCUGGCUGCAGUACAGUGGUUGCUCUACUUUGGUGGAGGAAAGAAGAAAGUGGUGAGCAUUUCAGCCCAGCGGGCAGCAGGUUUUUUUUAUUUAAAACCAUGCUCUUCUGCAGCUCAUUAGUUACAGCUGCCUGACUCAAGGUGCAGUUUUUUAAAAUGCUUAUUAUGGUGGGACUCCCAACUCUUUAGGUGCAAAAUCAGUCCCAAGAAAAUACUUGUGCUAUUCGCUUUCAUGGUGUCCAGUACAGUAGCUUCCCCUUUGUCAGAUAAACUGAUUGUAGAGGGGAAAUAAGUCAGUGUGGACUAGCUUUGUUCAAUCCAAAGUAGCCUGCUAGAUCUAAAAACUUAGAGGAAGAUCUACUACAAAAGGGUUAAGACUUUAAAUGCUGUUUAAAUACUUUGACCAUAUGAUCAACAGGAGCACCUGUCCAAAAAACUCUAAUCUUAAUUAUACCUCAUUCAUCCACUCAGUUUCACCAGAGGGGUAAUCCAUGAUCAAGUCCUGGUAAAAAGGCAUCAUUUGAAAAUAUUUCACUACUUUUUUUUAAAGCAACUGCCCCUAUUGAGGUUAGACAGCUUGACUGCUAAGGGGUCUUAACUUUAGAAAUAAUGGAACCCUCCUUUGGAUGUUGUAAGUAUAGGGUUAAGACCAAUCCUAACCUGAAUAAGGAAAUGAGUAGAUAGCAAGGGGCUGUGUUUUAAAAAAAGGAGGCAAUAGUGAAAUCAGAGAAACUAGACAAGUGCUGUUACUUUAAAAGUGCUUCCCUCUAGAACAGUAAGUAAACUUCUGAACAAUGGUUUCAGGAGCAGCUAGUGAUUGGUCACCACAGCCUAUCACAGUUGUGGCCAUGCAUCAGUCACUGUCAGAUGCAAUACCAAAAUAUUUUCAUGGAGGGAACUGAACGAGCCUCACUCACAUACCCAAGGAGCUGAAUUCUUUCCCUUCGCUUAGGCUAGUGCUGCAUCAGGUUCCUGACGGUCUAUCAUUUCAGUACUUCUGACCAUAGCAAAAUGGCCAUCUCACUUCAAUGCAGGGUGUAGAAGCUUCUGCUAUGUUAGAUUCUCUAUUUUACAGCCCCACUAUUUUAUUUUAAAAGCAGGGACCCUCAUUCUCUGACUGGAGGAAUUCCAACAACAUUUAUUUUAAUAAAAAUAUGACUGAAUAUAUAUCACAGGUUACAUGAAACUUUAUACACAAUGACAUUCUCUGCAUAGUAAACACUGAUGUGUACUUGAAUUUAAAAUGGAUUAUCUAUAAUCCUUUAAAGUGCAAUUUGUUUAAGGUUUUAAGCAAAUCAGAAUAAAAUCUUUUCAAGCA